AGGAGCAAGAUUCCGGAUAACGCUGCGUUAUUUUGUGGAGGUAUAAAUGGCUCUGUAAGAAUGAGUGCUCUUGGUGGCAGGGAACGAAGGCUGAGGAGGCCACCGCAUGCCUGAAUAGGAUGGAGCUUACUCUCCCCACUUGUGCUCCGCCACCACGACCGCCACCAGGAUUGUCCCCUUGCCCCUGCACCACUCACUUUCUCAUCUCCGUCGGCGGAGAGUCGACUAGAAGACACCUGCGCGCUUGCUCCCGUCUCAACUCAUCGUUCCCUUGUGCAAUUCCCUCGAGGUUGCGGACCAACGUUCUGGGUAGGCGGGAGGAGGUGGUGAAUGGUGAUGCGGAGGACGUGGCGGAUGAGAGUGGUGGUGCUCUGGAUGCCGCCUCUUUCCUGUCCCUGAAUGACAAGCCGAGGAGAGACCUGGCACUGCUUGACGAUUACGAGGCUGAAGAGCUCGACCUCCGCCCCGACCCCAACCACCGAAGCGGAUAUGUUGCUGUGCUAGGUAAGCCGAAUGUUGGGAAGAGCACUCUUUCAAACCAGAUGGUAGGCCAGAAGCUCUCUAUAGUUACUGAUAAACCUCAAACCACGCGUCAUCGGAUCCUCGGGAUUUGUUCAGCCGAUGAUUACCAAAUGAUACUCUAUGAUACGCCGGGGGUUAUUGGAAAGAAAAUGCAUAAACUUGAUGCAAUGAUGAUGAAGAACGUCCGGAGCGCUGCAAUCAAUGCAGACUGUGUGUUGGUAGUAGUUGACGCCUGUAAGAUGCCUGAGAAGAUCGAUCAAGUAUUGGAAGAAGGUAUAGGAUCUAACCAGGAAGAAAUUCCAACCCUUCUGGUGCUGAACAAGAAGGAUUUGAUAAAACCUGGUGAAAUUGCGAAGAGGCUUGAGUGGUAUCAGAAAUACACUAAUGUUGAUGAUGUCAUACCUGUGAGUGCAAAAUAUGGUCAUGGAGUAGAUGAUGUGAAGGAUUGGAUUUUAUCAAAACUCCCGUUUGGCCCUGCUUAUUAUCCUAAAGAUAUUGCUAGUGAGCACCCUGAAAGAUUCUUUGUAGCUGAAAUUGUAAGAGAGAAGAUCUUCAUGCAGUAUCGGGAUGAGGUGCCAUAUGCAUGUCAGGUCAAUGUUGUAAACUAUAUUACAAGGCCGACAUCAAAAGAUUUUAUUGAGGUUGAGAUAGUAGUUGAGAAAGAUUCCCAAAAGAUAAUCUUAAUUGGAAAGCAAGGCAAAGCCCUCAAACUUUUAGCUACGGCUGCACGCCUUGAUAUUGAAGAUUUUCUUCAAAAGAAGGUCUUUCUGGAGGUGGAAGUGAAGGUAAAGGGCAACUGGAGGCAGGACGAAGGUCUACUUAAAGACUACGGCUAUGGUGGUCAGAUACGUGGCUGGUACUAAAAUAUUUUCUACACGUGAGAAAUAUAUGCGGCAAUGAAGCUAUGUCCAUCCAGGCAGCCAUGCAUUACGUGAUGGAGAGCUUGGAGAAGUGCAACACGAGCAGGCUAGUAGGCGGAGAAAGUUGCUUCUGGGGGAACUCCCUCAUAGAGGAAUACCAUGUUCAACAUGUAACUGUGACAAUCUCUUCAUGCUGUAAAUGGUAGCAUAAACAUAGAAAAAUGGUGAUUCAUUUCUGUGUUUAACGGGUCUGAAUGUCAUCAGUUCAAGCAAAUUUUGUUGCUGUUGUGAAGAUAAGCAGCUUUUAGCUUGUUACCUGUAUGAUAUGAAUUGAGAGUUCAAUUUUGAAGGGAAGCUUGGAUUGUAUAAAUGAUUCUGUUGGAUGGUAAUGCCCCUUACUGAACCAAGACCUGGACACACGUGCUUCUCUGUCUUUCAUGCAGGAAGAUAAGUGACCAAAAUAAGGGGACAACUUUGAAGAAGGCAGACAAACUUCUUGAUGCAGUGGGAUGUAUCAGACCAAGUUUUGUGCAUUUGAAACUAGAAAGUACACCAGGAACAAUGUUACAAGAUAGGUCUUGAGGAACAGCUUGUGUAGUAGAGACUGCAAUGUUCCAUGCAUUAGAAUGGAAAUGUGGUACUCUCACUAUGCGAUUCUCUUCGCUGGUGGAAUUGAUGAAUGUUCUUUUUACUGUAUGGCUGCACCUUGGCCUUUGCUGCAUCAGAGCUUGUGAAUUUUUUCAAACAGAUUGAUCUAAUGGGGCAGGUUAUCGCUGUAAAAUGACCAGUGACGGUUAAGCUAUUCCAAGUGUCAUUAUUUAUGAAAUAAAUUUUGAGCUCAGUUCAGGUAAA